AUGGCGUCUCGUACGAAGAUAACAUGCUAUGUUUUGGUUGGCCUUAUAUUUGUAUGGACCCUGAUGGACGGCGCAGUGGCAGAAGUGAAAGAUCAAAAUGGUGGGCAUGCUGACCACUGGGGAGGUUGGGGAGGUGGGUCUGGAGGUUGGGGUGGUUGGGGUGGUGCUCCUCAUCAUGGCCCGUGGCAAGGCGGGCCUGGUGGCCCAUGGCAAGGUGGGUCUGGUGGUCAGGGAGGUGGGCCUGGUUGGGGUGGUGCUCCUCGUGAAGGUCCUGGGGAAGGUGGGCCUGGUCAUCAAGGAGGUGGGUCUAGUGGUCAAGGAGGUGGGUCUGGUGGUUGGGGUGGUGCUCCUCACGAAGGUCCUGGGGAAGGUGGGCCUGGUGGUCAAGGAGGUGGGUCUGGUGGUUGGGGUGGUGCUCCUCAUGAAGGUCCUGGGGAAGGUGGGCCUGGUGGUCAAGGAGGUGGGUCUGGUGGUUGGGGUGGUGCUCCUCACGAAGGUCCUGGGGAAGGUGGGCCUGGUGGUCAAGGAGGUGGGUCUGGUGGUUGGGGUGGGGCUCCUUACGAAGGUCCUGGGGAAGGUGCACCCAGUGGUCAUGGUGGCCAAGGUAGACAUGGUGGUGCUCCUGGCCCGUGGCAAGGUGGUCCUGGUGGCCGAGGUGGUGGGAGUGGUGGUUGGGGUGGUGCUCCUCACCAUGGCCAUGCUCCCGAGAAUUAA